AUGGGCAAGAAGAAGAGAAAGCAACCCAACGUCGAGGAGCUCCUGUCGCGUCCGUGGUGCUACUACUGCGAGAGAGAUUUCGAGGACUUGAAGCUGUUGAUCUCACAUCAGAAGGCCAAGCACUUCAAAUGUGACCGCUGCGGUAGGAGGCUCAACACUGCCGGAGGUCUAUCCGUGCACAUGAACCAGGUCCACAAAGAGUCCCUGUCCCUCGUCGAGAAUGCCCUUCCCAACCGCCAAGGCCUCGAGGUCGAGAUCUUUGGCAUGGAGGGUAUUCCCGAGGACGUAGUCCAGCAACACAACCAGCGCCUCAUCCAGAACUUCUACCAGGCCCAGGCCGACCGGUACGCCGCGACGGGCAACCCUCCCGCCGGCCAGAAUGGCAACGGCCCUGUGAAAAAGAUCAAGAUCGAGACGGCAGAGGAGAUCAAGAAGCGACUAGCCGAGCAUCGCGCGAGAGUGAAGAAUGGAGGCCUGGCUGCCAAUCCCACUCCGCCAAUGGGCGUACCCGACGGCCAGAGCCCUGGACAGUCUAACUCUCCCUUCCCACCGCCCGGUGGCCAGUAUCCACCCGGCUAUCCUGCACAAGGCGUUCCUGGCUUCACUCCGCCGCCGCAAUAUCCCCAGGGCGGAUUCAAUUACCCUCCUGGAAACCUUCCGUCGCGGCCAGGUGGCAACCUCCCGGCGCCAACUGGCUUGCCGCCACGUCCUGGCCAGCCUGGAUUCCCCAGCACGGUGGAUGAGCUCGUCGCAGGCGCGUCGAGGCAAGGGGACGAGAUCGAGGAGCUGAUCAGGAGGGCCGAGCUCGGAAUUCCGCCCCCGAAGAAGCCCGACUCAGCUACACCUACCGCUGGUGAGGCUGCGGCCGGGGAGGAGAAGAAGGGAAAGAAGGACAAGGACAAGAACGUCAAGAUGAUCUACGACGAUGAGCUGAGUCCGGAGGAGAGGAUGGCGCUGAUGCCGAAAUAUGCCUACGUGCCGACUGCGGCUUGA